AUGGAGUUAUCAGGAGACAGAAAUAUUGACGAAGAACUCGCACUGUUCGAGAGGGAAAUCGCAUCUUUGGAAAGCGCAAAUGUAGAUGCAGUGGAAGAAACGAUUGAGGUUUUGGGUCACAAUGAUGUAGAUAGUCCUAGUACUUCAAAUGAGCUUCAGAAAGAAGAGCGUCCAGGUUCUACAGAACCUGUCAUUUCUGGUCCGAUGCUGCCAACUAACGGAGUGUCAAAGUCACCCCCCACUGUUAGCCAACCUUCCGUCCCUUCUGCGACGACAUUCAGGAACCCGGUUCCGCCAAUUCGUUCUAAUGCUCCUCCAUUUUUGCCCCAUGUUAUGCUACGUCCUGGUUAUGUCCCACCGCCACCAUCGUUCGCAAUGCGUUUUAUGCCUCCACAGCUUCGGCUUCCGUUGCCAGGCUUUCUGAGACCUCCUAUGCAACUUCCACCGCAACCUCCUGUUUUGGAGUCUGGGCCAAGUCUUUACGAUGACAAGAAGAAGGGAGAAGAAUCGAAAAGUGAGGAAGCUGAGUCUGAGAAGUCGAAAACAGCUCCAAAAACUCAGGUCUUAUCUUCUGACGUUGAGUUAGUAGCACAGAAAAAGCACAGUGAAGCUGCAAACAGAUCCAGCUACCUUGGACAAGUUAUGAGAGGAGAAAAGAAAAUGAAGCGCUUUUUACGGGUUGGUGGCGGUCAGGUGUGGGAGGAUCCGUCUCUUGCGGAAUGGGAUCCAAAUGAUUUCCGGAUAUUUUGUGGAGAUCUUGGCAAUGAGGUUUCGGACGAGUUGUUGGCCAAAGCGUUCCGGAAAUAUCCAAGUUUUCAAAAGGCAAAAGUUAUUCGAGAGAGUAAAACUAACAAAUCGAAAGGAUAUGGGUUUGUGUCGUUCAAAGCUCAAGACGACUUCGUGCGUGCAAUGAGAGAGAUGGAUGGGAAAUAUGUUGGUAAUAGACCGAUUAAAUUGCGAAAAAGUAAUUGGAAAGAAAGGAGUCUAGAUGUCGUAAAAAAGAAACAAAAACAGAGGCAGAAGCUCGGUUUAUUGUAG